CGGGCGGCACGUGGAGUUGUAAAGCGCGUGUUUGCUGCGGCGUCUUUUUUUUUUUUCUAGUUCGAGGAGACAUUAACGACCCCUGUGUCGCGUUAGCUCGAACUCACCAGCGUCACUUGACGAUAUUGGCGUUAUUCAAAGCCCGGUGAACUUAUCCUGGUAUGGAGAGUGACCCAGGAUCCUCGAAGUGGAAACCAGUGUACACCCGGCUGAUGGCCGUCCUGCAGAAUCUUCAAGCUCAAGUCGACGCAGAGAGGCAGUCGGUGGACGAUAUGAAUGAGUUUUACCGGCUGUUCAACUCUGUAGCCGCGACUGCCGAAGAAACGAAAGAAAACCAACCUAGUGCCCCUCAAAUGGACGUAGCGCAAGCUAAGCAAAAGCUUCGAGACUCUCUGGAGAAAACUGACACUCUGCUGGUGACGGCGAGUAGUCUGAGGCAAUCAGAGAGACCCCAAGUUAUGACAAGGACGACUGGGACGAAACAAGGGGCUAGUUCGCGGCGAAGUCUUUCGGUGGUGACGGCGAGAAAUGUGCCCAUCAGAGACCAGUCACGCUCUGCGUCCGAGUCGCGAAACCCGAAGCAGUGCCGACAGCCGAGUCCCUCGAAGAAAAGCGAUGAAAUUGUGCACAGAGAAAUGCUGAGCUCUCCAGAGGUUCAAGCACAGCUGCGUGAGUUCUCUGCUCUAGUUGACGAAGCGCGGAGGUGCAGUGCAAAGUAUGCAGAGUGCCCCGAGCGAGCACGGUUUCUGGCUCUGUAUGGCCCUGAGGGGUCCACUGCUGAUGGCAAAUCAAGUAAAAGUGAAUUGUCGCCAGUGCUGACAUCACAGACUUUUCCAUCACGGGAGGUGCUGCGACGAGAGUUUGAGGCCUACAUUGAAAAAAAAAGUGCUUCCUUGGAUAAGUUUAUUCAAGACUUCUGUGCCGAAAGUAUUCUGCCACUCCUGGAGAGCACGACGUGCCCGAACCUGGACAAAGAAGAUGCUGCUGUUUUGCAGACGUUUUACGGGAUCAUUUGCAACAAGGGGCGUCGGCUUCCAGCGUUUCUUCAGUCUCACCAGUGACGGCAGCUUUUGCCUUUGUUGCCGAUGCAUUCCAAAUGCUCAUCCAGCUGUAUUAAGCAGUGCAUUUUUUUAUGACUAUUUAUUUAUACUUAUACCUCAUUUUGUACUAGAACUUUAAAAAUAAACCACCAAAGUGCUCUAUGCCCACUUGGUUUAUUUUAA